AAGCACAACAACUGCAUGGCAGCAGCCCUGACCCCCACCAUCUAUGGACACCUGAGGGACAAGACCACCUCCAACGAGUGGACCGUGGACCAGUGCAUCCAGACCGGGGUGGACAACCCUGGACACCCCUUUAUCAAGACUGUGGGCAUGGUAGCUGGAGACGAGGAGAGCUACGAGCUGUUUGCUGAGCUCUUUGAUCCUGUUAUCAAGGAUAGACACAAUGGCUACGAUCCUCGCACAAUGAAGCACCCCACUGACCUGGAUGCUUCAAAGAUCACCUCAGGAAUGUUUGAUGAGCGCUACGUGCUGUCAUCUCGUGUCCGUACUGGGCGUAGCAUCCGUGGACUGAGUCUCCCCCCUGCAUGCUCGCGCUCUGAGCGCCGUGAGGUGGAGCGUGUGUGUGUGACUGCUCUGUCCGGCCUGAAGGGGGACCUGGCUGGGCGCUACUACAGCCUGGGAGAUAUGUCUGAUAGAGAGCAGCAACACCUUAUUGAUGAGCACCUCCUGUUUGAUAAACCUGUGUCACCUCUGCUGACUGCAUCCGGGAUGGCCAGAGAUUGGCCUGAUGCUCGUGGGAUCUGGCACAACAACGAGAAGAACUUCUUACUCUGGAUCAAUGAGGAGGACCACACAAGGAUCAUAUCCAUGGAGAAAGGAGGAAACAUGAAGAGAGUGUUUGAAAGGUUCUGUAGAGGACUUAAACAGGUGGAGCAUCUUAUUCAGGAGAGAGGCUGGGAGUUCAUGUGGAAUGACCGUCUGGGCUACAUCCUCACCUGCCCCUCCAACCUGGGCACUGGACUCAGGGCGGGGGUGCAUGUCCGUCUGCCCAUGCUCAGCAGGGACCCUCGCUUCAAAAAGAUCCUGGAGAACCUGAGGCUUCAGAAGAGAGGCACUGGUGGUGUGGACACGGCGGCCACUGGAGACACCGUCGACAUCUCUAACAACGACCGUCUCGGCAAGUCAGAGGUGGAGCUGGUACAAUUAGUGGUUGAUGGAGUUAACUACCUGAUCGAAUGUGAGAAGAGGCUGGAGAGGGGGCAGGACAUCAAGAUCCCCUCCCCCAUCCCUCAGUUCAGGAAGUGAACAUCACCUUUGCAGGGAAUCCUGGAAAAGAGCAGGCACUCCAACCACCGUUAAUUAAACUGUUGGUCUAACAAGAUAUUCAUGGUCUGUAUAGCACUGUACCUACUUACAAUACAUA